AUGUCUGAUCCAUCCAUGAACAGCCCCGAUAGCCACGUCCACAAACGCAAGCGUGAGGAUUCCGACGACUUGGGCCACGACCCGACCCGCCUGAAUCGUUCUUCUCACGGCAGUAACGGCAGCAUGGGUGAUAACCAGCACAACUUCGGGCACUCGCUCAACUACGAGCACGGCCUGCCCAACACCGGCUCCGAGCUCAACAUUGACCAGCAAAUUCUUCAGCACGUUGGUCCUCAGAAUGGUCUCUCCGACGAUAAUGCUCUUACCGCCAACGCUAAGGCUGCUCUUGCUGCGCAUGCGCCUCAGCACAAGUACCCGCCACCUCCUGAUGCGGCCUUCGACGCCAACAACUUGACCUCUGGCUUGAACUUUGGCGAUGAUAUGGGACAGCCCAUGGGACCUACCCAUGGCCACAACUCUACUGCUGCCGCUGUGUAUGCUGCUCGCGAGGCUCAGAGCAUGAACCAGAAGCCUACUGUCGGCUCCCCUGAGUGGCACCAGAUCCGCAAGAACAACCACAAGGAAGUUGAGCGACGCCGUCGUGAGGCCAUCAACGAAGGUAUUAACCAGAUCGCUCGUCUGGUCCCUAACUGCGACAAGAACAAGGGUGCAAUCCUACAGCGCGCCAUCGAAUACAUCGUCCAACUUCAGGAUGACCGCAAGAACAUCGAGUCCCGUUUUGAGGCGCAGGGCCUUACCCUUAAUCACGCCAUCAGUGAACUCACUGCCACUAACACCAAGUGGAAGGCUGAGAUUAACCGUCGUAGCGACCUUGGCGCUAAGUGGCUUCACCGUUGCCGCGAGGCUGGCCUCGACUUUGAUGACUUCGACGAUACCAAGGACUUCGAACCCCUGAGCCUGGAGUAG